AGGUCCACAUGCUGAGAAGAGACGUUGCAUUCUGAGAGGCUUUUUUCCCCCCCGGAUUGAGAUGAUUCAAGUUUCAAGAACGCCAGAGUUUUCAGACUUUGGGAACAUGAAUAUGAUUUCUUACGCUUCUCCUGAACAAGACCUGAGCUCCAUGUCGACGGGCAGGAGACCGAGAUCUCAUUCAUAUAACAACCCAGACGACAGUAAGAACUUUGGUUUGCAAACACAGCUCAGCAUUGCAAGACCUCGAUCCAGGUCAUUUUACAGUUAUGAGACAUCAGAGCUGCACUCCGAGUUCGAGACAGGAAACUUCUCACGUUCCUCCCCUCUGAGGCAGAGAACAAGCUCGCAGUUAAGACAUCAAAUGUCCAAAAACGAGGAUAAAGAUGAGAAACACUCCGUUCCGGUUCCCAUCAAUCCAAAGAAGUCUAAACCAGUUAAGCUGUCGAGAGAGAUCAGUGGGAGUAAAACCAGACGGGUGUCCAUGAUAACCAUCUCUGAGUCGGACAACUGGGAAAUUUGCUCCAGCUCCGGUAUGAAGUACGGCCAGUUUGUGGACUGGGAGAAGAUUGAUCCAGAGCCUGCAAAGAAAUACCAGCAGAUCCUGAAGAGCAGCCACCAGCAGCUGAAAACCAUGGGCCGAGAGGGAUUCUGGGCCGUGCCGCAUACCCUGAGGGCCAAAGCUUACUAUCAUAUCAUCCACAACAUCAACUCCAGAGCUGUUACUCCAGACAGAGAUGUUUACUACAAUCUGGCCAAGAAGCUUUUUGGGGAACAGAAAGUUAGCACUCACCCAGUCCCGGAGUACAUCGAGGAUGGGGAAAUACCGAGAUACUGUCUCAACAAAGCAGGCAUGAAUUCUGUGAAAAAGAUCCUCCUCUGCCUCAGUGAUUACUUCCCCGACAUGAGCUACUGCCCCAUCCUUCCUGCCUUGGUCUCUCUCAUACUCCACUUCAGUGAGGAUGAAGCAGAGUGUUUCUACAGUGUGUCGAGACUCAUCUGCUACAAGGACCCGAAUAAGCGCUACAUUGACCAGACCUUUCUGACCUACCAUGCUUCCUGUAUGACAUUUGGGCACAUUGCCAAUAGGUGUUGCAGAGGCAUACGGAAACUGAUUGCCAGCUCCCACCAAAACCUCUUUGAAUUUUACUCUGACUGGAUCAUGUGGAUUUUCGCAGACCUUCCAUUCACAUAUGCAAUCAGAGUUCUGGAUGUCUACCUACUGGAGGGCUUCAAGGUUCUCUUCAGGAUCGCUCUGGCUUUGCUGGAUCUCUACAAAACGUCAGUGUCGUCUCGAGUGGCAGACGUCGGAGACUUCAGGACUGACAUGAAGUGUUUUGUGCAAAGCGUGGAUCGCCACUGCACGUCUGAGAAGCUUCUGGAAAGAGCCUUCCAGAUCCCGAUUGCUACUAGAAGCGAGCUCAACCUUUUGUUCAGUGCAAAUAAGGAUGCCUUGAUGCAGAAAGGUGUCAGCACUCACCAAAAGAG